AUGCAAAACAACCACGGCUCGCAACCUUAUUCCCUUGCCACUCCAAGGGGCAUGACAUUCCUCCUCCAGACGAUCUCUUCAAUCAGAUGGAGAGCCCAGAUGCCACCUCUUUGGCCGCGAAUCGCGCCCAAAUGCGAGCUCAACGGGGUUUGGGACAAACAGGCCAGCGUCCUUCCGCAGGUUGAGCGCAGCCUGGCACAAAUUGAAAUCUCGGUGGCCGGGCACGACGCUGGAACUCUUGAUCGAAUCUUAGAAACCAUGGGUGGGUUGACUAACCGAAUCAUCAGCCUGACUCAACGGGUGGAAGAACUCGCAACUGCCGUUGAGUCGCAACCCACCUCAACUACAACUGCAGACCCCUCUGCACCUGCUGGGCCUUGGAACUACUCCCCCGAACUUCGAUCGGUGCAAGAGGCAAACAUCAGUGCUUACACCGCGGUUGAGUCUCCUGACGGUGACUUGUUACUCAACUCCUUGUUUCAGACAAUCAAGGGGAAAGUCAAUGCUAUGGGAGCCCAGUGGGUGACCCAACAGCUCCCUCCUGUGGUCAACGGGCUAGCCGAAGUUGCGGCUACAAGCACCUACCAUACCUUAGUUCGCGACGCGGGUAAGCAUGCGCGUGAGCGCAUGCACCAUCUGGUUUUGCACAACAUACGCAAUCCUCCUGGUGUGAAUGCCAAAUUGGGAACGGUCCCAAACAUCAAGCGCUUGUUACAUCGACGAGUGGAUCCUUCGUGUUUGAAUUGCAUACCUUCCGUUCGAAACUUUCAGAGCAUUCGUGCUGGGCACGGUGCCAACAAUAUAUGGCGUUGCAUCGAUAGACAACUCGCCAGGAUGUCCGCCGAAGGGCCUCUGUAUACCAUGGCAUUUUACAAGCUGGUGUAUGACAACGAUUGUGCGGUUUUUACGGGCACUGUGAAGUUUGAAGAGCUGGAGGACAUGGAGGACCCCGUCCGAUUUGAAAUGCCCUUGGAAGACGAGAUCCGCGAAGAGAUGGAUCGCGUACAGGCUCAGGGACAGGGGCAGGGACUGGAAAUGCAGAAUCCGGAACUUCGCCUCAAUGGCCUGCGGAGGGCCUUGGUAGGCUGCCGGCGGCCAGCCGGCCGUUUCACGCGUGUAGAUAGACCAGUUACUGAACGCCUGGGGGGAACUGUAACAGGCGCUGCUCGGGCAGCUCAUAGACGCCGCCCCAUUGGCCAACAAGAGACCGCCUUGUUGUACGUGGUGAACGGCCGCCUUUGGGCGGCCGUGAAAGCCGGUCAUAUGGCGGUCACGACCCACCGGUGGUGUAGGGAUCUAGAAUGUUUGUCUUUCAGACCACCUUUCAAAAAAGACCAAAUGGUAUGGCACGAUUUAAAAUAG